UUGUUAGUGGCCUUCAUAAUGGCAGAAAAAAACAAGAGAGGUGCAAACUGGACCACUGACGAGGAGCUAGCCCUUAUAGACCACGCAAAUCAAAGGGAGGAUGCCCUCUUUGGGAAAAUGAAAGGUUGUGGGGAUGUGAAAAUUGCUACGAUUCGGCAAAAUGGCUGGAAGGAAAUCUGUGAUAUUUUGAAUGCAAGAUUUACAGUUCGUAAAAGAACAGCUGAAGAAGUAAAGAAAAAGUACUACAACCUAAAACAGAGAAGUAGAGAAAAAUAUGACCUACAAAAGAGACCAAAAACAGGAGGAGGUCCUGCUGCCAAAACCACUCAGGCAGAGGAACUCCUCAUCAGUCAUAUGAUUGAAGAGAAGCGUACACAGCUGACUGGUUUUCCAGACGGUGUAGACACUGACACAAUUGCAUCACAACCUGAAUGUUCUGGAUCUUGGAUUUCAAGACAGAAGGAGGCUCUUGAUGCCUACAAAGAACUAUCAGAAAGAAAUUUGGUGACAACAGCCAAGAAAAUGGCAGUAAAAAUAGAAAAAUUUUUAGACACUCAUACAGUUGUAACACCAGUCCCAAGAGCCAAUGAUAUUCACAUUAUGGAUACCUUAAAGGGAAUUUCUCAGAGUGAGGUGGAGCAAGAUGAAUCACAAAGUGAUUUAUUGGUGAAUUACCUAUGUCACACAUACAGUUGCCUGAGAAAUUUAAAAACACCUGAUUUACCUUCGUUGAUCAAUGAUUUGGUGAUAUUUAUAAAAGAAAACACAUAUAAAGAAUCAACACAAAAUGAGGAGCUUGAUGGACAGAUUGAAGCUGACAAAGAGCCUACAUGUAUUGAAGUAAACUUAGUGGAAGAACAAGGUAAAGUUGUUAAUACAUGUAUAUAAUUCAAAGUCUUGAGUAUGACAAAAUCUAUUAAAAAUAUGGUCUUCAACAUUUAUAACAUAUAUGUUACAUAAAGUAUUUCAUUUUUGUCUUUCCUGUAAUGGAUCCCAUUGGAAAAAUUGACAAGUGAUAAAAAGUUUGAUUGAGCAAUUACACACAGGUGACCUUUACAAAUGGAAAAAAAAUACUUCAAAAUUCAGGCCCCAGAUAUGGCAUGGACAUAACAUGAAAUUAACCCAGCUUAUUGUAUAUUUGAUUAUUUUAGAACAACAGUUUUUUUUAGUUUGCAAUUGAAACUAUCAAGUUAUAUAUGACAAACAUAUGAAAAAAGUGAUUUUUGAUAAUUG